AGGAGCAGUGCUUCAGGUGUUUUGCGCCAGUGACAUCUGAACAAAGAAGAAUAAGCAGACUUCUAGCAUGACGACCGCCGCACCGCCAAGUAUUGCCGGAAACUCCAGAUGGUCCCUGGCCGGAAAGACUGCUCUGGUGACCGGUGGUACACGUGGAAUCGGGUGCGCAGUGGUGGAGGAACUGGCGCAGUUGGGGGCGGUGGUGCACACCUGCUCGCGCAAUGAGGCUGAACUUAACCAACAGUUACAAGAAUGGUCCGCCAAAGGCUUCACAGUCACCGGAUCCGUCUGCGACAUGGCUUCUCGUCCCCAACGGGAACAACUUUUGGAGAAAGUCUCUUCGCUUUUCGGCGGCAAGCUUAACAUUCUAGUAAACAAUGUUGGGACAAACUACCCGAAACCGACCACAGAGUAUACCACCGAAGAUUACUCGAUGAUCAUGUCUACCAAUUUGGAAUCUUGUUACCAUAUGUGUCAACUUGCACAUCCUCUUCUGAAGGCUUCUGGAGUCGGAAGCAUUGUCUUCAUUUCUUCUGUUGCGGGUCUGGUUCAUACUUCAAUUGGGUCAAUUUAUAGUGCCACCAAAGGUGCAAUAAAUCAACUUACGAAGAAUUUAGCAUGUGAAUGGGCUGUAGACAAUAUUCGGAGUAAUUCCGUAGCACCAUGGGUCAUUAAAACCUCCCUUAUCGAAAAGCUUAAGCAGAUUAUUGACGGAGAUAAGUUCACAAGUGAUGUGGAAUCUAGAACUCCUUUGAAACGUCUUGGAGAAGCAAAUGAAGUGUCGUCUCUGGUGGCGUUUCUUUGCCUGCCUGCUGCUUCUUACAUCACUGGCCAAACGAUUACUGUUGAUGGAGGAUUUUCGGUCAACGGUUUCUAACGAGUGCAACAUGCCAUCUUUUAUAAUGCUAGAGGACUUCAUUUUAGGCAAUUGAAUAAAUACAA